UAUAUAUAUAUAUAUAUAUAAAUAAGUAAGCUCCGUUUCACAUGUCUUUCACACUGGACAAUAACUUUUCAAAUUUCGAAAUUCGAAUUUUUGUUACUCACAAAUCUCUCUUUAUAUAAACGAUGAUGACGAUGGGUGGAAGAGAAGCUGAAUCGUGGCCGGAGAUGGAAGCGAUAGCUAGGAAGAUGGUUGAGGAAGUUGAAACAGAGAGUAGCGGAUCAUCGGAAGCUGAGACAGAGUCUCCGAGAUCCGUCGGACGUUGGAUCACGGCUAAAGAGAAAGUACAUAACCAGGUAUUGAAGAUUAGGGAAGAGGAUCUCUGUGUUCUUGUUGAAGACAAAGUGACGAAUCCAGAGGAUCGACGAUAUCUUCGUCCACGUCGUUUUAAUCUGUUCCUGAUCUCGCGUCAGAAUUUGCCUUGUUCGCCACUUAGUGGAAAAGGGAGAUCCGUUAACGUUGUUCAGACUCAGUGAUGAUGAUUCACAGAUCCAAAAUCGAUCAAGGUUUGUUUCUCGAUGUAUAUAUCGAUCCAACAAAUUACACUAAACUUAUAUGAAUUUGAUCUCAUUUACACUAGUUUGUGCAGGUGAUAUGUCUUCUUUCAAUUUCUCUGUUUUUUUUUGGUUGCUUUGAACUUUUUUUUAUUGUUGUUUCGUUUCGUUUUGUUUUUGGAAGAUCCUUGUUUAGAGAGUGAGAGAAAGCUUUUUUUGUUUUUUAUGGUGAUAAAAGUCAUGUGUAUAUAAACCGUGAAUCUGUAUAUAUGAGCUUAUGAAACUUUAUGCUCCACUUUUUGUUUACCUUAUAUGACCACUCUCUAUGUAUCAUUUAGCAAACUACAUACAUACACAUGUGUAUUUGUAUAUGGCACAAAUUUGAAAUGAUGUAGACUCAUAACAUUAAAAAUCCAUAAUUA